AUGGCCGACUCGGACGAAGAAUACGUGGGCGAAGUCACGGAGGACGAGGAUGACUUCCAGGUGACCCACAAUGAUCGGACGCGGUCCAAACGAAGGAGGCAGCGAGGAGGUGCCGAGUGGGAGCUCUCCAGGACCUGGGAGACAUUAGUCGAGGGCGCAGAUGGCACAAUCAGCUCGACCGUGGAUGGGCUGCUUGAGGCUGGGAAACGAAAACGGCUGUUAAAGGAUACAACACCAUUGCAGCGCGGAAUCAUUCGACACCUUAUCCUAAUCCUCGAUCUUUCGCAGUCCAUGUCCGAGAAGGAUCUGCGGCCGACACGAUACCUCUUGACUCUCCGAUAUGCCCAGGAUUUCGUGAGAGAAUUCUUUGAGCAAAAUCCUAUCUCCCAACUCGGAGUGCUGGGCUUAAGAGACGGGCUCGCCGUUCGGGUCAGCGACAUGAGCGGCAAUCCAACUGAGCAUCUCACGGCUAUCCAAGCUCUCAGGACCCAAGAGCCAAAGGGACUUCCCAGCCUACAGAAUGGAUUGGAAAUGGCUCGGGGUGCUCUUUUCCAUACACCUAGUCAUGGCACCCGAGAGGUGCUGGUUGUCUUUGGUUCUCUCCUCUCCUCCGAUCCCGGAGACAUUCAUCAAACCAUCAGUACCUUGAUCGGCGAUAGAAUCCGGGUUGGGAUCGUCGGCCUCGCUGCCCAAGUGGCUAUCUGUCGCGAUCUUUGCUCAAGGACGAACGGGGGCGACGAGACCGCAUACGGAGUUGUGCUAAAUGAGCAACAUUUUCGAGAACUGAUGAUGGAUGUCACUACACCUCCAGCUACAUACUCUCAGAGAGAAUCUGCAAGCUCGUUGCUUAUGAUGGGGUUUCCCUCUCGCACCGUGGAGUCCAGUCCUUCUCUCUGUGCAUGCCAUUCGAAACCAUCGCGAGGCGGCUAUCUAUGCUCGCGUUGUGGCAGCAAAGUUUGUAGUCUUCCGGCCGAGUGCCCGUCUUGCGGUCUCACUCUAAUCCUGUCGACUCACCUUGCGCGGUCGUACCAUCAUUUAUUCCCGCUGAUAAACUGGGUUGAGGUACCGUGGCGUCGAGCCUCGCGAAGCUCGGCUUGCUUUGCCUGUGGUCUUCCCUUUCCACCCCUACCCCCAGAAGAUCAAUGGCAAACGGCCGAGAAUCAGACCAAGGGAAUGAGUGCCAGCAGUCGCUACGAAUGCACCGCAUGCCAAAAUCAUUUCUGUAUUGACUGCGAUCUCUUCGCUCAUGAAGUCGUGCACAACUGCCCCGGCUGCCAGAGCAAAAACACAGGAGCUGGGGUGCCCAACGAUGGCAUGGAUAUCACGGCGUAA